AUGUCCGACCGCACCCGCGGCUCCCUAACCAAGGACGCCGAGCUCAACGACGCAGCCUGGGUAGCCGCACGCGGAGCCACCGUCGGUGCGGCAAAAUGGGGCCUCUUCUCCGCCGCCGCCGCAGCGGUAGCAUACAACUUCAGCCCAAUAUACCGUGGCUUAACGUUCCAGUUUAAAGUGUACGUCUCACUCCUCCCCAACCACUUGUUCGGGCCAUUACUCAAUGCUCAUUGCUACACUAGGUUUCUCCAAAUGAGUGGCAUGUGCAUCGGCAGCAUGAUAGAAGCAGACAAGCGACUACGCGCCCACGAACUGCUGAUGCGGCAGCGGAAACGGAUAGCGCGCGAUGCGGAGGUGUGGAGGCGGUAUGAAGAGGAGUUGCAUGGUGUUGCGCCGGAGAAGUUGGAUAAUCGGGAGUGA